AUGGAGAACAUUUCUAUGUCUACGGAGCAGCUACAGCAUCUCAGAAGAGUCUAUAAAAAGGUUAAUGGCAUGUCGGACGAGGCUGCUAUUAUGAGUCUUCCUCUGGUGUUGAAAGGUGAAGCUUCUACGUGGUGGCAAGGAGUGAAAGAUAAUAUUACCUGUUGGACCGACUUCGAGGGAAGAUUGCGUCACGCCUUUGCACCGAAGAUAUCUGGCGUCCAAAUAUUCCAGGAAGUAUUUUCACGCAAGCAACCGUCGGAUAUGCUGACAGAAACGUUUAUCGCAAAGAACAGAGCCCUGUUGACCCAGCUACGAUCACCGGGUUUGACAGAGGAAUUACAAAUAGAUGCUAUUCAUGGUCAGUUGCACAUUAAUAUUCGCGAGAGAAUACCACGUGACUCGGUGAUGACAUUCGACCAGCUGCUAACCGCUGCUAGGAAUGUUGAACAGGUGCUACGUGAGAAGUCUUCAUCAGUUUUGUGUAAAGACCAAUUCGAAAAGCAAACUGGGCAAACCAAAAAGAAACAGCGCUGUGAGUACUGUCGUGCCACGGGCCAUACCGUUGAGGAAUGUCGAAAAAGACUGAAGCAAAGGGGUGGAACACAACAACCUCCUAAAGAGAUUAAAAUGGAGUCUACCCAAGCGCCGUCACCAAGUAUGUCGACUCUCUACUGCUACGGAUGUGGAAUGCCUGGUUAUACACGAAGCAAAUGCCCUAAGUGUAAAGAAGCUCAACCAAUCAAGAUGGAGAAAACUGGGUUUUGCGCGCUAGACAUCAACUUAGACGCCCGCCCGAGAAUGCAGGUGGGAAUUGCCAUCUUUGAUGUUAUUGGCACAGCAUUUGUCGACCCCUGCGCUAAAUCUAGUGUGGCUUCCUAUCAACUGUACAAGUGCUUAAAGCAAAGACAAUGUAGUUUUGCUUGACAAACUGCUAAUAUAACUAUGGCAGUCGGCUUGAAACGACGAGAAGAAGUCUUGUCCAUUACAGUGCCAGUCAAAAUUUGUGAUCGGAGUGUACCUACAACCUUUGUAGUACUUCCACAUGCUAAGGAAAAUAAAACGUUGCUGGGUAUGGGGUUCAUAGAAGAUGCAGGCAUGGUCCUCA